CGUGACCAGCCGGCGGUGGGGAGGAGAGCAGAAGGAGGUAAAAUGGCCGCCGCUCUCGGGGGGCGGUGAGGAGCGCUCGGCGCCGCUGCUGCCUUGUCAGUCUCCGGCUGGGCCCGGGGAGCCGCCCGCAGGGACCGAGUCUCCUCGGCUGCGGGGGUUGUUUGUUUUGAAAAGCAUAUGAAUAUAUAUAUUUCAGGAGCUUUAUCCAGUGGAGGAGCCAGAAUAGAGAUAAGCUUUGUUAUAGACGGAUUUUAAAUACUGUAUGAAGAUGGCAAGUCUGAUGAGUCAGAGUCUGUUGACCUACGUAGAAGAAGGAAAUGUUCCUGCUCUGAAAGCACUUCUUGAGAAAUGCAGGGAUGUAGAUGAGAGAAAUGAGAAUGGCCAGACUCCACUCAUGUUGGCUGCUGAGCAAGGCAAUUUAGAAAUUGUCCAGGAGCUUCUCAAGAAGGGAGCUAAUUGCAAUUUGGAAGAUGCAGAUAACUGGACAGCUCUUAUUUCAGCAGCCAAAGAAGGACAUGCAGCUAUUGUAGCAGAGCUACUCAAUUAUAAUGUCAGUUUGGAGCAUCGGGAUUUGGGAGGAUGGACUGCUCUAAUGUGGGCAUCAUAUAAAGGCCGUACUGAAGUAGCUAAACUGCUGCUUGAGAAAGGAGCAAAUCCAAACAUCACAGGAAUGCAAUACAGUGUUUAUCCAAUUAUUUGGGCCGCAGGACGAGGCCACUCAGAUAUAGUACAUCUCUUAUUGCAACAUGGAGCUAAAGUGAACUGUUCUGACAAGUAUGGAACCACCCCACUGGUUUGGGCAGCAAGGAAAGGUCAUUUGGAGUGUGUGAAAUACUUGCUGCAGAUGGGAGCUGAUGUUGAUCAAGAAGGAGCUAAUUCUAUGACUGCGCUUAUUGUAGCAGUGAAGGGUGGCUAUACUGAUUCAGUAAAAGAGAUACUGAAAAGGAACCCAAAUGUAAACUUAACAGAUAAAGAUGGAAAUACGGCUUUGAUGAUUGCAUCAAAGGAGGGACAUACUGAAAUUGUGCAGGAUCUUCUUGAUGCUGGAACUUAUGUGAACAUUCCUGAUAGAAGUGGAGAUACAGUGCUGAUUGGGGCUGUUAGAGGAGGUCAUGUUGAAAUUGUGAGGGCCCUGCUCCAUAAAUACGCUGAUAUAGAUAUCAGAGGCCAGGAUAAUAAAACUGCUUUAUAUUGGGCAGUUGAGAAAGGAAACGCUACAAUGGUGAGGGAUAUCUUGCAAUGCAACCCUGAUACUGAAACGUGUACAAAGGAUGGAGAAACACCACUUAUAAAGGCAACCAAGAUGAGAAAUAUUGAAAUAGUAGAGCUGCUUCUGGACAAAGGAGCUAAGGUCUCUGCAGUAGACAAGAAAGGAGAUACUCCUCUUCAUAUUGCUAUCCGUGGAAGAAGCCGUAAACUUGCUGAAUUACUCUUAAGAAAUCCAAAAGAUGGUAGAUUGCUUUAUAGACCCAACAAAACAGGAGAAACACCUUACAAUAUUGACUGUAGCCACCAGAAGAGUAUUUUAACACAGAUAUUUGGAGCCAGACACUUGUCUCCCACGGAAUCUGAUGGUGACAUGCUGGGUUACGACCUGUACAGCAGUGCUCUGGCUGAUAUUCUGAGUGAACCAACCAUGCAGCCACCCAUCUGUGUAGGCUUAUACGCACAGUGGGGAAGUGGAAAAUCCUUCCUGCUCAAGAAACUGGAAGAUGAAAUGAAGACUUUUGCAGGACAGCAGAUUGAACCUCUGUUUCAAUUCUCCUGGCUUAUUGUAUUCCUCACACUUCUGCUGUGCGGAGGUUUGGGUUUAUUGCUUGCUUUCACCGUGGAUGCAAAGCUUGGAAUAGCGGUGUCACUCAGCCUAUUAGCAGUUCUCUACAUUUUCUUUACUGUGAUUUACUUUGGUGGCCGGAGAGAAGGUGAGAGCUGGAACUGGGCCUGGGUAUUAAGUGCAAGGUUGGCAAGACAUAUUGGAUACUUAGAGUUGCUUCUCAAACUCAUGUUUGUGAACCCACCAGAAUUACCAGAGCAAACCACUAAAGCUUUACCUGUCAGAUUUUUGUUUACAGACUACAAUAGACUGUCCAGUGUAGGUGGAGAAACUUCACUGGCUGAGAUGAUUGCUACCCUCUCUGAUGCAUGUGAAAGAGAAUUUGGUUUCUUAGCAACAAGACUAUUUCGAGUUUUCAAGACAGAAGACACACAAGGUAAAAAGAAAUGGAAGAAAACUUGCUGUCUCCCAUCCUUUGUGAUUUUCUUGUUCAUAUUGUCUUGUGUUGUUUCUGCAAUUGCACUGCUGGCGAUUUUUAAUGUAGAACCAGCCAACAUGACAGUGAAUGUUAUUCUUAUAUCGGUUACCUGCGUUGUUGGCUUGGCCUUUUUCUUGAAUUGUCGCACGUGGUGGCAAGUGAUGGAUUCAGUUUUGAAUUCUCAAAGAAAGCGUCUUCACAAUGCUGCCUCCAAGCUUCACAAGUUGAAAAGCGAGGGGUUCAUGAAGGUUUUGAAAUGUGAAGUGGAACUGAUGGCCAAAAUGGCAAAGACUAUUGACAGCUUCACGCAGAACCAGACAAGGCUUGUUGUAAUUAUUGAUGGAUUGGAUGCUUGUGAACAGGACAAAGUUUUACAGAUGCUUGAUACUGUGCGAGUCUUAUUUUCAAAAGGCCCAUUUAUUGCUAUUUUUGCAAGUGACCCACACAUUAUUAUAAAGGCUAUUAACCAGAAUCUCAACAGUGUUCUACGUGAUUCAAACAUAAAUGGACAUGAUUACAUGCGAAACAUAGUCCAUUUGCCUGUUUUUCUGAAUAGCCGAGGACUUAGUAAUGCAAAAAAACUGAUGGUGGCUUCGACAACCAAUGGAGAUAUUCCUUACACAGAUAAUACAGGGUUGCAUGAAGAGGUUGACAGGAGAGUUUCUCAGAACAGUCUUGGCGAUGUGACCAAGCUUGGUAGCAAAACUGCUCUCAAUCGACGGGAUACUUACCGAAGACGCCAGAUGCAACGUACCAUUACUCGCCAAAUGUCUUUUGAUUUGACAAAGCUGUUGGUUACAGAAGACUGGUUCAGUGAUAUCAGUCCUCAGACCAUGAGAAGAUUGCUAAAUAUUGUUUCAGUGACAGGUCGCUUAUUGAGAGCUAAUCAGAUCACAUUCAAUUGGGACAGACUGGCUAGUUGGAUAAAUCUCACAGAGCAGUGGCCAUAUAGAACAUCCUGGCUUAUACUGCAUCUCGAAGAGACUGAAGGUGUUCCGGAUCAGCUGACUUUAAAAACCAUCUAUGAGAGAAUUUCAAAGAAUAUUCCUACAACUAAAGAUGUUGAACCUCUACUUGAAAUUGAUGGAGAUAUACGGAACUUUGAAGUAUUUUUAUCUUCACGAACACCUGUUCUUGUUGCACGUGAUGUAAGAACCUUUUUGCCAUGUACAGUAAACUUAGAUCCCAAGCUACGAGAAAUCAUUGCAGAUGUUCGUGCUGCGAGAGAUCAAAUGAAUAUUGGAGGACUUCCUUAUCCCACGUUGCCUUUACAUGAGGCACCUGCUAGAGCAACAUCCCUGUUCAGUCAGCCUUCAUCAGCUUGCUCUUCUACAACCUCUUUCAACGGACCUUUCAAUAGUGGAGUUUUAUCACCACAACCUCACAGCAGUUACUAUAGUGGUAUGACAGGACCUCAGCAUCCAUUUUACAAUCGGCCAUUCUUUGCCCCAUAUCUUUACAUGCCAAGGUAUUACCCUGGCAGUUCUCAUCUCAUCUCACGUCCACCACUAAAAACGAGUUUGUCCAGAGAUCAGAACAAUGGCCUAGAUGUUAUCAAGGAGGAUGCUGAUGAGGGGCUUCCUUCACCCACAGACCCCUCAAUGGGAGCAGGAGCAGGCACAGGAUCGACCGCAGGAGUAUCACAUGUGUCUUUGAGCACAAUGAGUGUGGAAGCUGUGUGUGAGAAGCUAAAGCAGAUAGAUGGUCUGGACCAGAACAUGCUACCUCAGUAUUCUUCAACUAUAAGAAAGGCAAAUAUAAAUGGCCGUGUCUUGGCUCAGUGCAACAUUGAUGAACUGAAAAAAGAAAUGAGUAUGAAUUUUGGUGACUGGCACCUGUUCAGGAGCAUGAUACUUGAAAUGAGAAAUUCAGAAAAUCAGGCUGUUCAGGAGGAUCCUCGUGGGACGACUGAGCAUGUUACCACUGCGAUUCCUCAUAGUGAGCUUACUCGUCGUCCUGGGCAUAGCACUGAGUUGCCUCACACUGAGCUUACAGGUCUUUCUGGUCAAGCUCCCUACACACUUAACUUCAGCUUUGAAGAACUCAACACAAUUGGUCUUGAUGAAGCUCCUCCACGCCAUAGUAACUUAAGUUGGCAGUCACAAACUCGUAGAACUCCAAGUCUUUCAAGUCUUAACUCUCAAGAUUCUAGUAUUGAAAUAUCAAAGCUUACUGAUAAGGUACAGGCAGAAUACAGAGAUGCAUACAGAGAGUAUAUUGCUCAAAUGUCACAGUUAGAAGGAGGUGCCAACUCUACUACAGUAAGUGGUAGGUCCUCCCCUCAUAGCUCAAGUGCUUUCUAUAUGGGGCAGAGUACAUCAGGGGGUUCCUUGCAUUCCAGUGCAGAACAGGAAAAAGGAAAAGAUGGUGAACAGAAACAAGAUGAUGGAAGAAAAUCCUUCUUGCUGAAGAGGAAUGAUGUUGAUUACAGUACUUCAGGUGUUUCUACUAAUGAUGCAUCUCCUUUGGAUCCCAUUACUGAAGAAGAUGAAAAAUCUGAUCAAUCUGGUUCUAAGCUUCUCCCAGGAAAGAAGUCUUCGGAAAGAACAAGUAUUUUCCAGGCUGCAGAUUUAAAGCUUAAGGGCGUUACUCUCCGGUAUCAGAAGCUUCCAAGUGAUGAAGAUGAGUCAGGAACCGAGGAAUCAGAUAAUACGCCACUUCUUAAAGAAGGUAAAGAUAAGAAAACAGAUGGCAAAAUAGACAAACAGCCCAAAUCUCCAGAACAUGGAUCUGAACCUAUUAGAACCUUCAUCAAAGCAAAGGAAUAUUUGACAGAUGCCCUUUUGGAUAAAAAAGAUUCGUCUGAUUCUGGUGUAAGAUCCAAUGAAAGUUCUCCAAAUCAUUCCCUCCAUAAUGAAGGAGCAGAUGACUCACAGCUUGAAAAGGCAAAUCUCAUUGAGCUUGAAGAUGAUACUCACAGUGGAAAGAGAGGAAUUCCACACAGCCUUAGUGGCCUUCAAGAUCCAGCAGUGGUUCGCAUGUCUAUUUGCUCAGAAGAUAAAAAAAGCCCUUCUGAAAGCAGCUUGAUAGCAAGUAGCCCAGAAGAGAACUGGCCAGCUUGCCCGAAGGUCUAUAAUUUAAAUAGAACCCCUAGUACAGUGACCUUAAAUAAUAACAGUGCUCCAAACAGUCGCGCUAAUCAAAAUUUUGAAGAAAUACAGGGUAUCAGAGAUUCACCUCAAAUUAUCCUGCACCCUGGCUCAGGUUCCAAUUCAACUGCAGUUCAGAAUGAGAACCUGAAGAGUGCUGCUCACAAGCGGAGCCAGCGUUCAAGUUAUACCAGGCUUUCAAAAGAUUCAUCAGAGCUCCACACUGUUACGGCCUCAGAAGGGGCUGGUUUUGGAGAGGAAAGAGAGAGUAUCCUGUAAUAAGCAGCCAGGUUAAAACAGAGUAUGCCCAUGAACUGUAGCUUGCUUGGAAUUCUUUGUCAGUGUGUGGUUACAUUAAGCUCUGUAGUUUAAGCUUUUAAUAUUGUAAUAGAAGGUCUAGAUUAUUUUCAGUCAAUUACUUGGAGAGAAAUAAUUUUUACAAGAAGGAAAUUACUUCAGACCUUCCCCACUAAUAAAAGUAGUACAUGUCAGCAUGGAAAACUAGCUCUUUUUUAAAUAACUGUGCAAAGGUUUGGUCAGGGACAGAUGUUUCAAAAGUAUGGUUUAAUUAUUGAAAUUAUGAUGUGAUUUUACUUUUCUGUUGGGAUAUGUAUUACUUAUCCCUUCUAAACAUUCCAGUUAAGUUUGAGUGCUUGCAAGUAAAGUUAAGACUCUGUAUCUCUACCAUAUGACCUAAGAGAUGCUAGAAGAUUAAAUACCGCAACCUGUGACACCCUUAUUAAACUUUGUGUUAAUUAGUGGAUUAACGUGUGCAACAUAUAUUACAUAUGUUGAAAUUUGACUGUUAAGAUACCUGUUUGGCUAUAUGUACACUUUUACUCUGUAUGUUCAGUAAUUGCUAUUGACUUUGUGGACUUUGGGUAGGGUGAUAAGGUUUGUAAGGGACAUUGUCUUGAUGUGUCAUUGGAAUUGGCAGUUAUUUAUAAGGUAAUACCUUAUCAGUGGUUUAGUGGAGCCAUUAUUUAUUAUAGGUACAUAAUUUUACAGUCACUGGUCUAAAUAGAUGUAACUACCUGAGCUACAUUAAAAUAUUGUAAGGAUAAGGUAUGAAUGUGAUGUCUGAACUAACAGUAUCUGUUGCUGUGUGUGAUUUUCCUUGGUACAGUGUUUAUCAUUUGGUUAUGGAAAGAAAACUAAGCAGUGUUUUCCAUUUUAAAAUAAAUGUAUACUUUUUGGAAUCUUGUCAGAGCUGUAUGCUAGCUUCUUUAUUUCUGAAAUACAGUGUUUGAAGAUUUUUAUGUCAUCGAAGUAAUGUACCUGAAUGUUAUUGUAGCAAAUACUUGUACUGUCCAGUGAAUCUGCAUGUUUUUAAGAAUUAACUGUUCAAAUUAGACUCUGGUAGUACAAAGAGAAUAAAAAAAUAAAUUGGCAUGUUGGAUUUGUGUCCAAA